AUGGAGGUUCAAUCCUCCUCAGAUUUGGGCAGUCCUAGUCAUUCAUAUAACACAAGACAUAAACGAAAACAUCAGGACAUAAGCCAGCUUGUUGAAGACCAGGACACUGCUUCAGUUGGACAGGAUGCCUCUGCCUCAAAGUAUAUCAGAAAUUCAGCAGAAUUUAAGCCGUUUGAAUCACUGUCUCAGGCCCUUAAUCAUAGCAGAACUAAUGUUGAUGGACUACAAGAGUCAGACGUGAGUGAAAGCCUGAGUCAGAAUGUGAACUCUUGUAGCCAGCAGCUGCUCAACAUCAUCAAGAGUGUAGGGGCAUCAAAGGUUACAGAGGAACCCAAGAAGAAGGAUGUUACAAUUUUAAAGUCAAUGCUUAAUAGUGUCAAUGACGAAGAGAAAUUUGAGCCACCUGCAAAUUAUUCAGUGAUGUCUAGACUCUUGGAUACACCUACCAGUUCAAUUGGAGUAAGAUCCACAACUUUCCUGAACCGGAGUUACAUUUCACCGCCAAUUCAAAGGAGUUGUUCACAGGUCCCAGCCGCUAAGCAGGUCAGUAAAUUCAGAAUGAUUAAGCCCAAACCUUCAACAAUUGGAACUCCAACCCAAACCCAAAUUGCAUCCCUUAGGAUAGGGCUAAGGAAAAGGCGAAGUAGAUCUGCUGAGAAGUCUUGCUCCUAUGAUACUGGUAUAUCUGCCCUGCCAACAGAAUGUCCCUAUCAGUGCAGACUUUGUGGAAGUGCAUUCAGAUCUACACCUCUCUUGGAAGAACACAUGCAUGUUCAUUUUGGGUCCAUGCCUUUCGGAUGCAGUAUCUGUCCACAGUCAUUCAUGACAGCCAAAGAGCUGGAAGACCAUAUGAAGGUUCAUGCAAGCAAGCUGUCUCCUGCAGUAGUAUACAAGUGCACUGUGUGUGGAGAUGUGUUUGAUACCGAAAGGGAACAUAACGAGCAUCGCAUUAACCACGAGACAUUUCAACAGGUUCAGUCAACAGACCACAACAAAGUCAGAAGUUCACAGCAUGCUUAUGAUCAGGUUCACAUGUUAAAGAAUGUUCAUGCCUGUAAACAAUGUGGGGAGGUUUUUCAGGAUAUUCACAAGUAUGUCCUACAUGUUGAUCAACAUAGUGGAUGGUACAAGUGUGAGAAAUGUGACAAAGUGUUUAUGUCAAAGAUUGUAUUCCAGGAGCAUAUUCUCAACUGUUCAGGACAGAACUACAUCUGUAGCGAAUGUGGAAAGACUUUUAUGAGCAAGAUGGAUUUGAAUUAUCACAUCAUGUUUGAACACAAGCAACAGGGUGUGACAUGUGGAAUAUGUAGUGCAGUAUUCUGCUAUGAGUCUCACCUGAAGGAACAUGAGGUGCAGCAGCAUGGCAGUGAACUCAAGCUGAUGUUGCAGGGGGCCCCCCACACACAGCCAGACACUGUGGAUGAUAUCUCUAUGGAAAAUGGUUGCAAGAUAUCAGACAUGAUGUCUCUGUCUGUUCAGCGUUCCUCAGGGUCAAUGGCAAUCUCAGACUUCGCAGUUCAGUGUUUGUCAGAUCCAACUCCAUCAGUAGUGGUAACAAUAUCUGACAGUGAAUAGAGGCCCUAAGGAUAGAGUGGUCGCUUGUCUUGCAGAAAACCUGGUUCAGUUCUAAAAUGGUACAAAUUAUGCUUGGAAUACCAUAUUUUAAAUACCUCUUUAACAUUUAGGGUAGGUGGGUCGGAAUUUAUUUUUUUACAUAUUUUUUUAGAAGUAUAGUACAAAUAAUAACACAUUUAUCAAUGUGUAAUUGUUUAUUCAAUCAAGCUUGCGGCCAUCAUAUCGACUUUCUCUAUCAAAAUGACCGAUAUCUGUUGGUGCCAUGAAAAAACAAUGGUAUAUGAAAGCUUAUUUUAUGCAAUCCGCUUAAAAAAUAAAUUGGUUCGGCUCCGGAAUUCAAGGGUCGGUUGGGUAAUCGGUACCAUAACAUUUUUUUUAGGCCUAAACUGAGGCUAAUCAUGUUAUCAUGUUAAUGCAUGUAAAGGACACAAUGGAAAAUGUGAUGUUAUUGCAGUAGCCAAUGUGAGAGACACCUGUUAUUAUAUUGGGAGUGGUUCCUGUCUGAUUGUCUGCAAUGAGAUCAUGGUAACAAGGGAGUUAACUGGCAUGUGUUUCCAAUGUACUACUGUCAUUGCUGGCAUAUUGGCCAGUCAUCAGUAUUAGUUAAUUCCUGAUUUUAAUUCCAGUUGAAGCUGGUUUCCCGGUGUUUUUGAUAUUUAUGAUGGUAAUGUGUUAUUUAUGAAGUUUCUGUAGAUUUAACUUCUACAUCAACUGUAUGUAUGGCUGUAUUGCAUAGGUUCUACAGUAUUUCUGCAACAAAUAUUCUUGGGCAACAUUUUUAUCAUUUUCAGUUGUUAAGCAGGACAGUACAUUGAUGCACCUGUAUAUAAUAUAUUUGGCAAGGGGUGUGUUUAGAUCUUCAUAUUAUAAUUUGUCUGUGUGUGGUGGUACCUGUAUGUUAGAACAGCACAUAGUCGGACCUGUACGUUAUAGCAUCUGUGUGUGGUGGCACCUGUAUGUUAAAACAUCUCUGUGCUUGGUUGGACCUAAUGUUAUAACAUCUGUAUGUUGAGGAGCUUUGCUGGUUCCAUGCGCUGGGUGUGCUGAGAGUACUAUAUGACAUUGGUGUACUGAGUACCCUGGGAGUACCAUGUGAUCUAUGUGUACUGAGUACCCUGGGAGUACCAUGUGAUCUAUGUGUACUGAGUGCCCUGGGAUAACAUGUGACCUGGGUGUGCUGAGAUUCCUGAGUGUACCUGGUUUUCGAAAGCAAGCCCUGGGCUUCUAUACAGAAAAUAGGGAUUUUGACAAGUGAACUUUGACACCAAAUAGAAGCCCGGGCGUAUAUUCGGAAACAUGGGCUUCUAUUCGGAUUUUGUUUUACAGUGACAAUCAUAUGGAAUAAAAAAUCAUAAGGCAAUAAGUGAAGGAAAUAUUCA